CCGCCAGCCGAACGCCCUCGUGUUAUGAAAUCGCCCACACGUGAGUUUGUAAACACCAGAGUGGAUGUGAACGGCCGUCCUCCUACCUCCAUGAGGCCCCGUUACUUUCCCCUGGCGUUGUGCGCCAGCCUCCUGUGUCUUUGCCGGAGCUACACCCUCAGGAGCUCCGUGUCCUGGGUCGUGUCUUCCAACGACGUGGAUGUAGAAGAUGCCGACUUGUCCGAAGAGGUUGCACCGGCGCUGCUGGUGGACGGCGCCGGGCUGUGGAAAGCCAACGUCUUCGGAGACCGCCUGGAGACUCCGGGACUCAGAGAGCAGGUGGAGCCCGAAAGCGGAGAAGCGGCGCAGCUGUCCUCUCGGCUGUUCUCGUAUCCCGUGGAGAAGGUGAAGAAGUCCGGCGGCAGCAGCUUUCCUCCUCCACACCAGGAGACGGCCAGGACUGCCAGAUACAUCGCCCACUACAGCGACUGGGGUCAUCUGGCCACCAUUUCCACUCAAGACAAGAUCAGAGGUGUUCCCUUUGGAAACAUCUUCUCGGUCAGUGACGGACCACUGGACAACAGCACUGGAGUGAUCUAUUUUUAUGUGACUCCAAUGGACAACACUGUGACGGACCUGAAAAGUAAUCCGUAUGCCUCUCUCACAUUCUCAGAAGCUGAGGGGGACUUCUGCAGGCAAAUGGUGUAUGAUCCAGAGGAUCCCAGAUGUGCUCGACUCACACUGACAGGCAAAAUGGUGGAGGUGGCCCCAGAGGAGCUCGCUUUUGCAAAGGAAGCGAUGUUUUCGAGACAUCCUGUGAUGGCAAAGUGGCCGGUGGGACACAAGUGGUUCUUCAUGAAGAUGGAUUUGAUUCAGGUCUGGCUACAGGACUGGAUCGGGGGAGUAUCAGUCAUCCCACUGGAAGAAUACUUCAAAGCUACGCCCUUCUGAGAUCCUGCCUCGCCUUGCUUCACAUCAGUUCUGCUGUCUGUGCCACAGUUGACACCUGGCACAGUCUGAUAAGGAAGCAGUGAUGUGCAAAGACUAUAAAUGUAAAAGUGUGUGUGUGCAUUGCUUUUCAGAAUGCUGCUGCUGUUCUAAUUAGCGAGAGAGAAAGGUUGUUGCAUGUUUGCAGUCUGUUCCCCGCUUAUCGGUUUCUUAAGCUUAUCGGUUUCUUAAGCUUUAUGCGUGAAUGUAUGUAUAGUGUUUUUAAACUGACUGAUUAUAUGUAAAUGUAAUCUUUUUAUGAUAUUUUAUGGGUUUGCACUACAAUAAUGGUGUUUUAAAAAUAAAGUAAAAUUUCUUAUCGAAAUCUUUAAUUUUGUAUUAGUACUCCUCUUGAGUCGGGUACCUUUUUGUAUGGUUUUUAAUUAUUUCCAUAAUCAGAAGCAUUUCAGGACAAUAUGCCAAAAAAUGUUGAGUAACUGUGUAUGUUGUAAAAUGAGCAUUUUGAAGAA